GACCCGGUGGAGCGAGGGAUAAAGCUUCAACGCUGGUAUAGAGUUCUUCCUUAAUCAAAGUUCUCUCCAACGCGAGCCUUUUCGAUUUUACUCCCAUUCCUCUCUUGUAAACUUUUAAUUUUUCUUAUCUAGCUUCGUAGUCCGAAUCGAAUUGUUCCGUGGAAUCGAUAUCUGUGAUGACCGCCGUGAACCCAAUCCCAAGGGUAUUGUAGUGUGGAACCAGCCUUUGAGAAUGGCAAAGUACUAUGACAUUGACGACAUACUUGUAGAAGAAGAGUUUGUACCGGUUUUAUUCCAUAAAACAGCAAAUGGAGUCACUAUUGAUCCAAGUGCAGAAACAAACUGUGCUGAACAAGGCGCCAAAGUGGAAGUUCCGUUCUGGCUUGCUCAUGAGUUGCAUAUGAGGCAAGCUGUCUCCAUAAACCUUCCUGCCUGUUUUGACCAGAAGACGAGACUUGAAGUUCAGGCUGAUGCAGCAUACGUUGAUCUUAGAUCACGGUGUUCAUACUUUUAUGAAUUCGGAUGCAAGUUAGAGCCACUGGUUACAGAUAGAACACUUGGAAUCUUGCUAUCGACUGCAUUUAAGAUCAGAUACAAAGAGGCCCUGACAAAAGUAUACACAGCAGCUCAUAUAACAGCUUCAAAGUACUUGUCGUUUUUAACAAAGGAAGAAACGAACUUGUACGAAGCAGCUCACUUGUCGAUGACAGCCUUCAGGAAGUGGAGAGCAGGAGGACCUAGAUUAGAGAGAGCUUUAAUACUCGGAAGAAAACGCAAGGAUUCUAAUUGAAGCUCCCAAAAACUCUUUAUUGACAACAUAUAUUUGCUUAUUAGUAGUUAUCAUGGUUGAAUCAAAUUGCAAAUCUUUUUGUAGCCAUAUUGAAUGAUUCAUACUAAACUCAGUUUGUGCUCUUCAGUUGACUCAACAUUUACAGUUAUGCUUUGUACCUAUGCCAUAUGAUCAUGUUCCUCUCAAAAUUGAUCUGUUAUGUAUUUGUUA